AUGGAGAGGGACGACUGUCACCCAGCAACGCCGGAGUACCCACAUCCGUUCGUUCAUGUCGUGACGCUGACCACCGCUCAGAGGAUACGGGGCAUCAUCCUGGGCAGCAUCCUCUUCCCGCUCCGCAUCGCCCUCGCUUCCCUCUGCUUCCUCCUCAGUUGGCCCUUCGCCCGGCUGCGUCUGGCCGGUCUCUCCGAGGAGGAGCGUUCCCGUCCCGUCACCGGCUGGCGGUCCUGGCUCCUCCACCCGAUCGUCUGGUUCUGGAGCCGCUCCGUCUUCUUCUGCCUGGGCUUCCUGUGGGUGAAGGUCAAAGGUCGCAGGGCGGACCUGAAGGAGGCGCCGGUGCUGGUGGUGGCGCCUCACAGCGGCUUUCUGGACAUGUUGGUUCUGUUUCCUACUCAGCUCCCGACGGUGGUGUCACGGUCGGAGAACACCAGCCUACCUGUUGUAGGAGUUCAACCCCAGUCUGACCUGCUGCCCACUGAGCAGCUGUACUGGAGGCAGCCGCAGGGUCUGAUGGUCUUCACUCAGCGACAGGCCCUCGGACUCCCAGCUACAGACUACGUGAUGGAGGGCCGGGUUCCCGUCAGUAAACUGGGGGGUCUCUCUCUCCCCCUGGAGUCACCUGCCAGAGAAACGCUGUCACUGCUGCACAGAAACGGCCUCGGAGCGUCUGAGGUGGAAGCAGCGUUGGGCAGGAUGAUUGACAGGUGUCAGUCGGGACCUCGGGGGCUAAAAGCCAGCGCAGAGGAGCUCGCCUCUAUUCUCGGACUGACGGAUAAACAGACAGCUUCUAUCUGCAGCCUCUACUCUAAAGAUGACACCGUCGACCUCCGUCAGAUCUAUCUGGGUGUUGCUGCUCUCUCUGGGUUUGUCAGCUUCAAGUCGCUCCUUCACACGGCGUUCACUCUGUUUGACAGAGAAGGCAGCGGCAGUCUGAGUGCAGAGCAGCUGUCUGGCCUGAUGGGGGCGCUGCUGGGCGUUCCUCAGCUGAACACCACUGAGCUCUACUCCGAGGCCUCCAGAGACGGCCGGCUCACUGAAGACGACCUCCUCCGGGUGCUGACGACCCACCCGACCUACCAGAGAGUCGUGAACCAGCACCUGCAGCCCGACGAGGAUCUGGACGGCCCGCUGCUGUCUAACGGGAAAGUCGUAAACAACAACGGACUCAUGCUCGACAGCAACGGAUCGCUCCACCACCACAAGAAGCUCGAAUGA